AUGCUCUCCUCGAGGCAUUUCCCAUGCCUAGUACCCAAGAGGAUCUUAGGGACUCGUCGCUUUAGCAGACGGCAACCUUACUCCACUCUGAACAAUACUUCUUCGUCUCCAGGAGGCUAUCGCAUUUCUAAACCACCUGCUGGUUUACCAGUAUCGAAGCUGAUUACUAAGGGAAUCAUUUUUCCUGUCUCUGUUAGAGAAUCCUUUAAAGAUUUCUCCAAGCGUCAUCAACUAGGUCAGUUACAAUAUGAUCUCCUCUCUAUUCUUCCAUUUUAUCCGGAACCAUCUCGUUUGCACUCUUCUGAAAUAGUCCAAACUAUCAUUGAUGAGUCCACUGGUGAUUAUAUUAAUGAGUUCCAUAUCAGUCCUCGUUCUAGCAUAAAAGCUGGUCACACGGACAAACAUGUGGUAUUCAUCCAUGGUUAUGGCGCAGGAUUAGGAUUUUUCGUCAAGAAUCUUCAAUAUAUUGCAGAGAUGAGACCUGACUGGCACAUUCAUGCCAUUGAUUUACCGGGGUAUGGUUGUUCUUCCCGGCCGGAUUUUCCCCAUAAUAUACAGUUCUCCCAUUAUCAAGAAAUCGAACAAUGGUUCAUCGAUAGGCUUUCGAUGUGGUUUAAGAAACGAAAACUAGAUAGUUCUAACACUAUGGUGGUUGCUCACUCUAUGGGCGCAUAUUUGUCCUGUGUCUUGAACUUCCAACAUCCAGACUUCUUCAAUCAUAUGUUGCUGGUAUCUCCUGCUGGUAUAUAUCAUUCCAGAAAAGAGGAGGUUCUAGCUGCCAUUCCAAGCUGGUUUCAAAAGCUUUGGAACAGAAACAUUUCGCCAUUCUCUUUGGUAAGAAACUCUGGUCCAUUUGGUUCCACACUCGUUAGUGGCUGGACCAGUAGGAGAUUCUCUAAAAAUAACACCAUUUUAACACCCCAUGAACAAAAACUAAUGCAUAUGUACACAUAUGGCAUCUUCAACGCAAAAGGAUCUGGGGAGUAUAUGUUGAACUACUUUCUUGCACCAGGUGGUGUGCCUAGACAUUCCCUUCUCAAUAGAAUUCAGAACCUUAAGUGCCAUACAACCUGGCUUUAUGGAAGUCAUGAUUGGAUGGACAAACUAGGAGGUUUUGAAGCCUGUCGAAUUAUCAGAGAAUCGUCUAAACUGUCCGGACAUCCCUUAGAGGCAAUUUGUAAGAUUGUUCAAGAUGCUGGACACCAUAUUUAUUUAGACAAUUUCGAGGAAUUUAAUCAGUUGGUGACGCAAGAAAUGGACAGAUUCGGCAAAUGCUGA